UCGGAGGGUGCAGAGACCAUGAGGCAGGCGGUGGAGGCUCAGGUGUUAAACCCCCACUUUGAGCUUGGAGAGCAAGGGCUGCGUCAGAUCCUGUCCGAUGUCAUUGAGGAGGUGAGGCGCUCCGUCAGUCAGGACAUCGAUGGAGCUGAGAUUCUCCACAGUCUGCUGAACUCCCCCUGGCUGCAGUCACUGCUCAAGGUGUAUGGAUGUCUUCAAAGGCACCUGAGAAACUCCCCAGCACCAGUUCUGGAGUAUGCUUCAGGACUGUCGCUUCAGUUGCUUAUUGACAUCAGAUCGUCGCCUUGCUGCUCUGAAGAGGCCAAAGAGUUGUACCGUCUGCUGCGGCAGCCUCACAUGCAGGCUCUUCUGUCAGCUCAUGAUACUGUGGCCCAAAAGGAUUAUGAGCCUGUGCUGCCGCCAAUGCCAGAAGAGCUUCCGGAUGAUGAGGAGGCCACUCGGAUCGUCUGCCUGGUGAAGAACAAACAGCCUCUGGGGGCGACCAUAAAGAGAAACGAGAUCACGGGGGAGAUUUUUGUAGCUCGGGUGAUUCACGGAGGGCUGGCUGAUCGAAGCGGUCUGCUGCAUGCAGGGGACAGGAUCAUAGAGGUAAACGGGUUUCCUGUGGACGGGAUGGAGCCUGAACAAGUCAUCCAAGUUGUGCAAGCUCGGUCACAUGGUACCAUCAUGUUUAAGGUUGUUCCCAUCACAGAGAGAGCGGUCCACAACCAGACGAUGCUGUAUGUGCGGGCCAUGGCUGACUACAGCCCUCAGCAGGACCCCACCAUCCCUUGCGCAGAUGCUGGUAUGAGCUUCAGGAAGGGCGACGUGCUCGAGAUCGUAGAUCAGACUGACGCCCUCUGGUGGCAGGCCAAGAAACUGCCCAGCAGCACGGCCUGCGCCGGCCUCAUCCCCUCCACCAACCUGCUGAAACGGAAGCAGAGGGAGUUCUGGUGGUCUCAGCCUUACCAGCCUCACGGCUGCAUACAAACCUUGAGCACUGUAGAUGAAGAGGAUGACCUGAUGGCCAUCGAUGACAGAUGUGUAGAAGCAGAUGAGGAGGCGUUUGAAUCUGAGGAGCUCAGAGAAGAGGAGGAUGACUUCAGCAGCAACAUUGAAGGAAUGUAUUUAGCGGGUUUCAGGCGCAGCAUGCGUCUGUGUCGGCGCCGCUGUCACAGCACCAUCCAGCUGUCCUGCCACACUCGCUGUCAAAGCAGCUGCUUCAGUGCCCUCAACAACCCGUACGAGGAGGUGGUGCGCUACCAGCGUCACCCGGACGACGCAAACCGCCUCAUCGCCCUCUUAGGUCCAUCUGGUGUGGGGGUAAAUGAGCUCCGGAGGCGCUUAAUUGAGAUGAACCCCAACAUCUUCCAGGGCGCUGUGCCUCACACCACAAGAGCACCCAGAGGCUACGAGGAGUCUGGCAGAGAAUAUUAUUUCACCAGUCGAGAGGUCUUUGAAAACAUGGUCUAUAACAACAGGUUUCUGGAGUAUGGGGAGUACAAAGGGAAUAUGUACGGCACCAGCAUCGAGUCUGUGCGGGAUGUUUUGAACAGUGGAAAUAUCUGCGUCAUUGACAUAGAUCCCAAUGCGAUUCAGGCAGUGAGGACCCAUGAACUGCAGGCCUACAUCAUCUACGUCAAGCCUCCAACUCUGGAGCGCCUCAGAGAGACCAGACAGGAUUCCUACAUCACGACCAAUUACUACGUCAACCGGCCCUUCAAAGAUGAAGACUUCCAGGAGAUGGAGGAAGCAGCUCGGAAGAUCGAGUCCCAGUACUCACAAUUCUUCGAUCAUGUGAUCGUGAACGAUGAGCUGCAGGAUUCCUGCGUGCAGCUGCUGAUGGCGGUGAGGAAGGCACAAGACGAGCCUCAGUGGGUUCCUGCCAAUUGGAUACGACCCACCGCUGAAUCAUGA